AAUCUUCACUGUAAUAAUAGGAUUCGGAUUUAAUAUCCAACUAGAAUUUAAAAUUCUAAAUCCCAAAAUAGGAAAGGGUUAUAACAAAAAUCCAAGUUUUAUUUCGAGUAAUUAGUAUAAUUAGUAUUCAUAUUAAUUGUUUUUAAUAGUAUUAAUUGCCCUUAAUCUUGAAUACAAGUUUAUUUAAUCUAAUUAAACUGUGUAAAGUGUUCUUUUUUUAUUAUUAUUAUAAUUAAUACUUAAAAAAAAUAUCAUUUGCAAAGUUAACCUAGUAACCCAAUAAGUCAUAUCCCAAUCAAAUUUCACUUUGUAUGGUAUGAUGUAGUAUUCAAGAAUAAAUUCAUUUCUAUUUUUUUUAAGAAAAAAGAAUAAAUUCAUUUCACACACAUUAUAUAAUAUUGCAUUUUUAAUUAUUGAUAGGAUCAUUUUAUUUAUGCACACAACUUGAGAAAUUCUGAAAUUAAAACAUUAUAUGCAUUCGUAAAGUAAUUUAAGCAAUUAAGUACAGUAAACGAUCUUUCUCAAAAAACAAAAAAAAAAAGGUACAGUAAACGAUAUAAUAAUUCUUAACUAAAUAAUAAAAUGUUCUGUUGCUUCUGUAAAAUAUGAAUUGAGGAAAUGCACUUCUUAAUUGUUCUUAAUAGAAAAAAAAUACAAAAGAAAAAAAAAAAAAGAAAUUAAAGAGUUUUCAUUGGGUGAUUUUUUGUUGUUGCUAAUCCUAAUUUUAUUAAUGACCUUUUUACUCCUUAAUUAAUAUGAUUUGCAAAUAUAAACUUUUGGAGUGCAAAUAUCUCUAUCCCUGAAGGAAUUAGAGAUAAGGCCAUGCACCCAUUAAACUUUUAUUCAAGUUUUUAAUGCCAACUUAAAGUAGUUUUACAACUAUCCAAUCUCUACUCUUCAACUCUCCAUUGCAAUGGCUAACUGCAAAUUACUUUCAUUUUUGCUUCUUUGCUCUGUCUUUCUUCUUCUUGUUGUUCCUCAUGCAUCUACUGCAAAUCUUCUCCAGGCUUGUAAUUUUGAUGCUAUUUAUCAACUUGGUGAUUCAAUAUCAGAUACUGGUAACUUAGUCCAAGAAGACCCUUCUUCUUUCUGUGGUAGGCUCCCUUACGGCCAGAAUUUCUUCAACAACAAGCCUACUGGUAGAUGCUCUAAUGGCUUGCUCAUGAUUGACUAUAUCGCACUAUCAGCUGGUGUUCCCUUGCUUAAUCCCUACUUGAUCAACCCUAAUGCAUCUGAUCAUAAUCGUGGUGUGAAUUUUGCGGUUGCUGGUUCCACUGCCUUGCCUGCUGAUGUUCUAGCACGAAAGAGAGUGUUAGCUCCUGUAACUAACAGUUCUCUUACCAUACAGCUCAACUGGAUGUCUGCCCACUUCAAUACAACCUGCGACAGAGAUAAAUGUCAGCAUAACAAGUCCCUCUUCAUGGUUGGGGAGAUCGGAGGCAAUGACUAUAACUAUGCGCUGUUCCAAGGAAAGACUGUUGGUGAGGUCAAAUCCAUGGUCCCAGAAGUCGUCCAAGCCAUCAAGACUGCUGUUAACAAGGUCAUUGGUUAUGGUGCUACUCGAGUGGUCGUCCCUGGAAAUUUUCCAAUAGGUUGUUUGCCAAUAUACCUGACGGGAUUCAACACCAAUGAUUCAGCUGCCUAUGAUGAACUUCAUUGCUUGAAGGGACUGAACAGCCUCUCAGUGUAUCACAAUGAGAAAUUGCAACAAGCCAUUGAAGAACUGCAGCAGGAGCAUCAGAAUGCGGCUGUACUGCUGUAUGGAGAUUACUACAAUGCUUACAAGUGGGUUUUGCUUAAAGCGGCUUGGCUAGGAUUUGAUCUGCAAUCGCUGCAGAAAGCAUGCUGCGGGAGCGGGGGUGAUUAUGACUUCAGUUUUGGUAGAAUGUGCGGAGUCGCUGGUGUAGCAGUUUGUCCUAAACCCCAAGAACGCAUCAGCUGGGACGGCAUACAUCCCACGGAAAAAGCCUAUCUUUACAUGGCAAGAUUGCUCAUUCGUGACAUGUCUCAGAAGUUUCAAUGUUGUGCUCAGAUUGUUUCAUCUAUGAUUUAGAAACCGAUUGGUCUGUGGUCCAGUCAGAUCAGAAAAUAUCUAACGGAUGGAGACUGCAGUACAUAAAAUUUAUGACUAUAAAUAAGUUGUAAUUUAAUAAAAAUUUAAAUAUUAAAUUUU